AAUGAAAAGGAAGCAACUAGAGAGUUACCUGCAGGAUGUAUCCCAGUUCUCCCACCCCAAGUUGGAGCUGGAACAGUACCCCACAGACCCACAUCUAGCUGCAAGUGUCCUGUACACUGCUCAGAGCAGCUUCGGGGAUAUCGAGGACAAGGCUGUGCUGGAUAUGGGGGCUGGGUGCGGUAUUCUCAGUAUUGGAAGUGUAAUGUUGGGAGCAGGAAGUGUGACGUCAUUAGAGCUGGACUCCGAUGCUAUCCAGGAUUUACAGGAUAAUAUCACUGAGUUUGAGAUAGAUAACAUUGAUAUUAUCCAGUGUUAUGUUACCACCGACCUUGUCAGGCCAGACUUCAAGUUCGACACAGUAGUGAUGAACCCUCCCUUUGGCACAAAGAACAACUCUGGUAUUGACAUGACUUUCCUAGAAGUAGCACUGUCAGCCAUCACUCUCGGAGCUGUGUACUCUUUUCAUAAGACCUCCACCAGAGACUAUAUCCUCAACAAAUUUGAGAGUAAAGGGCUCAAUAUAGAGGUGCUAGCUGAGAUGAAGUUUAAAAUACCUCACAUGUAUAAGCAACAUCGGAAGAAGGAGGUACUGGUUGAUGUUGAUUUUAUUAGGAUAUGCGGCAAGUCAGCAGCUAAAGGAAGCUGAGAAAGUAACCAAUGUUACUACCGUAUUUUAAUUAAGUCAAUCUUUCGUUUACCUGACGGUAUAAUUGUUAUUUAAUUUGUACUGCAGUUAGUGCAGUAGUGUAUCGCAAUUUAGAUGUCUUUGAACACAAAUACAAAAUAUAGAAAUUCAGACAACACUCAACAGUUGCGACUUUGAAAUGAGAAGAUUAUUCUC